AUGACUGCAGAAAAGCGUAUACCAUUACAUAUCUUACGUGAGAUUACAAAUGGAUUCUCAGAGCACUCAAGGAUUGGAAGGGGUGGGUAUGGAGACGUUUACAAGGGAGUUUACAGUGGGAGAGAGAUUGCUGUGAAGUUGCUUCAUGUUGAUACGGUGCUAGGACAUGAUGACAGACAAUAUAUCAAUGAAGUUGGUAACCUUUUGAGGGUUAAGCAUCCAAAUAUUGUACAGUUACUUGGUUAUUGUUAUGAAAUACAGAAUGAACUAAUUGAACACAAUGGUGCAAAUCAUUUUACCCGACACGUAUAUAGAGUCCUCUUCUUCGAGUACUUGCAGGGUGGAAGCCUAGACAAGCAUCUUUGUGAAGAAUCUUUUGCACCUGAUUGGAGCACGCGUUACAAGAUUAUAAAGGGGAUUUGUGAAGGAUUAAAUUUCCUUCACAGCUGUGAACCACCAAUCUUUCAUCUUGACCUGAAGCCUGCCAAUAUAUUACUAGACAGUUCCAUGGCGCCUAAACUGGCGGAUUUUGGUUUGUCAAGGCUCUUCGGUGGAUCACACACUCAUGUCACAAACAGAGUUGUAGGAACCGAGGCGUAUAUGCCACCAGAAUUCAUAAAAGACGCCUAUAUCGCCCAUAAGAAUGAUGUCUUCAGUUUAGGUCUUGUGAUGAUAGAGAUAAUUAAAGGGUCUUCAGGUUACUCCGGUUAUAUAGAAACAGACGAAGUCGGGCAAUUUACGCAAAAGGUGCUUGGCAAUUGGAAGAAUAGGAUAAAGGCUCCUUCGGAGUACCCAUUAGAGGAAUCACAUCAAGUGCAGAUAUGCAUCGACACAGCAAUGCGUUGUGUUGAACCUGACAGAAACAAUCGACCUAAUAUAGCAGAAGUUCUGGAUAUUCUGAGAAAGACAGAAACUCAUAUGCCCAAGAGACAGCUCCUCAUUUCCCAGUCAUUUUGUUUUCCCGAUCCAAGGGAGAACACCAACAGCUGCUGGAGGCUGCAGCUGUGGCUUCCAGAAACGGUGGUGGGAGAGAGGAGAGGCAGAGAGGUGUUGCUCAGUGGCUGGUGCAGUAGAGUGGUGGAGGAGAAACGAGCUAGUGGAGGAGAUGAGUGUCCUCGGGGCGCCGCCGGAGGGGAAGAGGUGGUGGUGGAGAGCACUGGCUGCAUGAUGCUGCUCCGUAAGCAUCAACCUAGCGUUAGAAUCAUGGCACGCACAUUGUUUCUGCUUCAAUCAUGUCAUCACGUCACCCUCUUUCAGGACUAUGGCCUUGUUCGUGUAACGGUAUUGUCUUAG